AGAGCCGAAGAUGUUGGCUUGGUCAUGUGAUCAGCUGUGUCCAAUCACAGCUGACAGCAUGGGACAUGUGCACUGAUCAUCAGGGCACUGAUGAUCAGUGUGCCCUGAUGAUCAGUGUAGCCCCAGCAGUGCCACCUGUCAGUGUCCAUCAGUGCCAGCUCUCAGUGCUCAUCAGUGCCACCUGCCAGUGCCCAUCAAUGCCACAUAUCAGUGCCUACCAUUGCACAUCAAUGCCACAUAUCAGUGCCCAUCUGAGCUGCCUUUCAGUGUCACCCAUCAAUGCCACCUAUCAAUGCCAAUCAGUGCUGCCAGUCAGUGCUGCCUAACAGUGCCAGUCAGUGUGCCUAACAGCCAGUCAGUGCCCUAUCAGUGCCAUCAUAUCAGUGCUGCCUUUCAGUGCCCAUCAGUGAUGCCUGUCAAUGCCCAUCAGUG